AUUGAAAUCGUAAUCAAUAAUAUCUUUUAUUUAUCUACAAACACAUGUCUGAAGAACACCCAGCAGUCGUUAUUGAUAAUGGAUCAGGAUAAUGCAAAGCCGGUAUUGCAGGAGAUGAUGCUCCAAGAUGCUGUUUCCCAGCAGUCGUAGGAAGACCCAAACAUUAAGGAAUUAUGGUUGGUAUGGACAGCAAGGAAGCCUACGUUGGAGAUGAGGCUUAAGCUAAGAGAGGUGUUUUGGCACUUAAGUACCCAAUUGAUAAUGGUAUUGUCAAUAAUUGGGAUGACAUGGAAAGAAUUUGGCAUCAUGCAUUCUUCAAUGAAUUGAGAGUAACACCAGAAGACCACCCAGCUCUUUUGACUGAGGCUCCAAUGAAUCCAAAGGCCAACAGAGAAAAGAUGACAUAAAUCUUGUUCGAAACAUUCAACGUGCCAUCAUUCUACGUUGCUAUUCAAGCAGUGCUUUCACUCUAUGCUUCAGGAAGAACAACUGGUAUCGUUGUUGAUUCUGGAGAUGGUGUUUCACACACAGUCCCAAUCUAUGAAGGUUAUGCCCUUCCACAUGCUGUACUCAGAAUUGACUUGGCAGGAAGAGCCUGUACUUAAUAUUUGGUUAACAUUUUAAAUGAAUUGGGUGUUUCAUUCACAUCAUCAGCUGAAAUGGAAAUAGUCAGAGACAUGAAAGAGAAAUUGUGCUAUGUUGCUCUUGAUUAUGAAGAGGAAAUGAAGAAAUAUAAGGAAAGUGCUGCCAACAAUAGACCCUAUGAAUUGCCAGAUGGAAAUGUUGUUGUCAUCUAAAACCAAAGAUUCAGAUGUCCUGAAUUACUCUUCAAACCAAACUUCAUUGGUCUUGAAGUUGCAGGUAUCCAUGAAUUAACAUUCAAAUCAAUUAUGAAAUGCGAUAUUGAUGUCAGAAAGGAUCUUUACGGAAAUGUUGUCAUGUCAGGAGGUACAACUAUGUUCCCAGGAAUCCCAGAAAGAUUGAGCAAAGAAUUGACAUCACUUGCUCCAUCAUCCAUGAAAAUCAAAGUUGUUGCCCCACCUGAAAGAAAAUUCUCAGUCUGGAUCGGUGGAUCAAUCUUAUCAUCAUUGUCAACAUUCCAAGCUAUGUGGAUCACAAGAAGCGAAUACGACGAAAGCGGUCCAACCAUUGUCCACAGAAAGUGUUUCUGAGAGAUAAUAAGUAUUAAUAAUCAAUAUAAAUAACAUUUUAUCAAUACUC